CGAUGAGCGGGGUUGUUUGGAAGGGGGGAGGCAGGAUUCAACGGUGUAUUGUGAUGGUGUUCCGCAGGCAUCAAAGGAUCCAGAGGAUCAGACUGCAUUGACUUCGGUUUGUCAGUUAAGCAUGUUGUCGAGGUUAUGCAAAAAUUUGAUGAAUAUAAGAGGUGGCUUGUGUCUGAGAUUGGGUUCGAGGGUAUGCUGAAUCUGCCACGGUUGGGUAAGAUAGAUCUGAGGAUGAGCGCCUGGAUUAUGAGGAAGGUAAAGGUGAAGUCGCGUACAAUAGUCAUUGAUAAAGAGCGGGUGCUCCUUUUUGCCCCAGAGGAUUUCCACAAAAUCUUUGGGGUUCCAUGUGGUAAUCGGGUUGUCCGCGGGAGGGAUGGUGAAAUCAAUAAUACAACAAUAGAGUUCAUGAAGCAGACAAUUGGUAUGAAUGCAUCACCUGCUCACAAUCUGAAGGCGGCAGAAAAUUUUAUAACUAGAGACAUAUCAGAGGAGUCGAGCAAAAUUGAAAAGGAUUGUUUUCAGAUUUCAUUUGUUAUUUUUGUGAUGGGCUAUGUAUUGUCCCCGAGCACAAAGCAUGAGUACAUGACGAUUGAUUUCUGGGGGGCUUUGGCAAAUCUGAAUUAAUAUCACAGUUCAACUGGUGCGAGUAUGCUGUUGAUAACCUCAUGUCAGCUGUGAUGAAGGUGCAGACGGAGUAUAAUAACAAGGCAGGGACAAUUCAUAUGUCUGGAUGCCAUCUAUUCUUUCAGAUUUUCCUGCUGGACAAUAUCGAUCUGGGGAUUUUCAACAUGAGGCACUCUGUUUUCCCUCGUGUUCAGUGCUUUGACCAGAAAAGGCUUCGACAGAUGAUCACGAUGGCACAGUGCAAGCAACGUGGCGUUUUAACUUAUGUGCCUGGAGCAGUGCGACCUCCAGAUUCGGUGUGCUAUACUCGUGUGGUUGCGAUGAGUCCACUAUGUACAGAUGCUACAUCGGUGGUGGCUUCAUCGAAACAACCAGUAUCUAGCAUGCCCAUGACACCCAAUUACAAGACACGAAAAGACCGCGUAGAUGAAAACACAGGACAACUGAAUUUGCUUGCUGAUCCAAUGUCUGCUAGUCGUUCAAUAGGACCAGCUGAUUUUAGCAAGUACCUACGAGAGAUUUGUAAAGAUGAUCCGGUACUCGAGGAGUUGAGCUUGAUGUUGAAGCAGCACAACGCAAAGUGCACAUUGAGCACGACAUUGCUGCGUAACCAGUUGCAGUCAGAUAUGUUACUUUUUGCCAACAAGAUGGUUGCACUUGCGAAGAGACGGUGGAGAUGCUGUCACAAACGUGGGUUGUCAAAGUGUAUUACCCUUGAGGCAGAUGGUGAAGAACAUAUUUCACAUGUACCAGUUUCUAAAUGUGGACGUCGUCUUAACAUGUCUGAGGAGGAAGGUAUUUAAUUGGCAGAUGUUGAUAUAUAUUUUGAUUUUUCAUGGUCGAACGAAUUGAUGCAAUGCAGGGAUGUUUCUUUCUUAUUUUUGUGUUCACAACCUCUGGUACGUCACACUUAAGGACUCAUCGUAAAAAUUGUCCGGCACAACUUGUCUUCACAACCUAUUGCUCCAUCUCAAGUUCGCACAGAAUUGGACAAUUACUUGGACGAGCCCCUUAUCCGUAGAACAGCAGAUUUUGACAUUAUUAAUUGGUGGAAAGUUGGAGGUGCCAAGUACCCUACUUUGCAGAAGAUUGCUCGUGAUAUAUUAUCCAUCCUUGUUACAUCUGUGGCAUCGGAAUCAGUCUUUAGUACUAGCGGAAGGUUACUAAGUGCACAUCGUAGUCGUCUUACACCAAGCAUAGCUGAAGCUCUUAUGUGUAUGCAAGCUUGGUCACGAGCGGACAUGUUAGGUGAUAUAAACUUUGCUCUGCAAGCAGUUCAAUCUGUUCUUGAGGAUGAGGAAGAAAUAAU